UCAACUGACGACUGUUCCUAAGCUAGCUGUGUCCAACUUUUGUAAAUACCGCCGUCUAUGAGACCCAACCAGGUGUGUGACGUUCAAAGAAAAAUUAGCUUAACUCCAACAAGCAAAAGUCAUGAAUAAAGUGACAAAAACAACUUUGGAAAUCAAUUUUAGUCGCUCAGUUUAAUCCUCGCGUCCCUCACUUCUGACGUCCAUCAUGGCGCCUGGAAUGAUUCAGUGACGUCGUUGAAAAGGUGGAUGCUAGCAACGGCUAGCUGACGUUCCUCUACUUCGGAGCAGGAAAAGACACCCGACACACAGCAGAGCCGAACCACCAUCGGCGGAAACAUGGUGUCCACGGCGGCGCUUCUUCUCGUCUCUUUGGCCUCUGCAUGUGAACAAGUUUUUGCUGGAAGACAGCUAAUUUAUGCUACAGUGUUGUUUCGACAUGGUGACAGGUCACCAGUGAGAGCCUUUCCUACUGACCCUCACCAAGAAAGCGCCUGGCCUCAGGGCUUUGGACAGCUAUCGCAGGUCGGGAUGAGGCAGCAGUAUGAGCUGGGUCAGUAUCUGCGGACGCGGUACAAAGACUUCCUCAAUGAAUCCUACAUCCGUCACGAGAUUUUAGUUCGCAGUACAGACGUUGAUCGGACCCUGAUGAGUGCUGAAGCCAACCUGGCAGGCCUCUACCCCCCUAAAGGUCAGCAGAUAUUUCAACCCAGUGUAAAGUGGCAGCCCAUACCGGUACACACAGUACCGCAAAACGAAGAAAAGCUGCUCUCAUUUCCUUUGAACGACUGUCCUCGCUACGAACAGCUGAUGAAUGAGACUGAAAACACAGCAGAAUUUAUCAAUGUCACAACAAAAUACCGGGACUUUAUAGAGAUGGUAAAAAAUAAAACAGGACUGAAGAAAGCAAAUGUGGAAUCAGUGUGGAGUGUGUAUGACACACUAUUCUGCGAGUCUCGACAUAACAUGUCCGCUCCAGAAUGGGUGACUCCCAACGUCAUGGAGAAGCUCAGGUUUCUGAAAGACUUUGGAUUUCAGCUCCUGUUCGGGGUUUACAAACAGCAAGAGAAGAGUCGCCUGCAAGGAGGUCUCCUGCUGGGGGAAAUUGUGAAGAAUCUCACCAAGAUGGCCGCCCCACACCCACAACGUCAAUUAAAACUGAUGAUGCUCUCAGCGCACGACACAACCAUAGUUGCUCUUCAGACCAGCUUGAAUGUGUUCAACGGAAAGCAGGCGCCUUACGCCUCCUGCCACAUAAUUGAACUGUACAGGGAAGACAAUGGAUCUGCGUCCGUGUCGAUGUUUUAUCGCAACGACACCAGCGUGCCGCCGUACCCAGUCCAGUUGCCAGGUUGCGCUCAUGUCUGCCCCCUAGAGGACUUCGCGAGGAUAACAAAGCCGUUCAUCUCAGACGACAGAGACAAGGAGUGUCAGCUGCCAUCAAAGGGGAGAGACAGACUGAUCAUCAGCCUGGCCUUGUCCGGAUGCCUGCUCCUCGCUCUCAUCGCCGUCCUCCUCGGAGUCAUUUGCCGACACAAAGAGACCAAUAGCAACAGGGGAUACCAUCAUGUGAUCAACCAGGAAGCCAGAGAGGAAUCCUGACAGAGGCGCAAGCUACUGCUUCGGGGAUCGAUGAGCUUCGCCUCUUGGGACAGCAGCAGCGAUGAAGAAGAAGAAGAAGUACUUUAAGUGACAGUAAUCUUGGAAUUAUCAAUGCAUUUCACUGUGCCUUGCAUCAAAUUUGGACACUGAAAAAAUAGUUUUUAUUGCAAAUAUCUUAGUACUUUUGAAAUAAGACAAAAACUAACUUAUAGAUAACCUUUCAGCAAAAUAUAAGUUUGUUUCAACUGAAUAAUUCAUUGAUAUUGAUUAAAAAGUUCUGGUUGCACUGGCAGAUUAUUUUACUUACAGCAAAGGAAAAUAUCUUGUUAUAAGUGAAAUUAUCUGCCAAUGGAAAUAGAACUUUUUGUCAGUAUUAAGGGAUUACUAACUAUAGCUAUAUCUUGCUGAAAGAUUAUAAGUUAGUGUCUUAUUUCAUGUGUAUUAAAAUAUUUGCACUAAAAACUAGUAUAAAAAAUACUUGGUCAGAUCCAGUUUUUUACUGUGAAAUACUGUGAAAAUGUUUCAUUGUUUGGUUGGUGAUUCCAAGGUCUGAUGACCAAGAUGCCUUAAAUAUUUUUUACUUGUAUCCUAUGGUACCGUUUUUCAUCGCGUCGUCACUUUCAACACUGAGUAUUUCAGCCAAGAGUUUGUGAAGCAAUCUGUUUGAUUUACAGCCUCAUCACACACUGGGAAAAUAAAAUUUAGUGCUUAAAAAGGCUGAAUGACAAGAACAGAGAAUAAAAUGGUUCUUUUCAACUACAUGUCAUAACAUUCAGCAUUAAUUACCUUUUUGAUCGCACACGGAAUCACCAGGGUCCUUUAAGAUUAUCAGCAUUUGUUUACGUUAAACUUCCUGUGUCAAAUUAUCUGUCCUACAGUGUUUGUUUUUAUUACAGUUUGAUGUUUAAGGAAUGUUUAUUUUCUAACCAAAAAUAAAUUACUACUUUCA